AACCCAUCUCCUUUUUUACCAUUUUUACAGUAAACUUAAAUAAAUUUCGUUCCAUUUACGACCUAUCGUUUCCAUGGCAAUGGCCGAGAUCCCGGGCCUACUUCCACGUCUAUAACUCCCAUGAUGCCCUCCGCGGGAAUUCCAAUAUGGCGGCUUGGAAGUUCUUGUAUUUGGGUGCGUUUUGGCUAUGUUUUUGCGUAUAUUUUAGCGCCGCAAGCACCUACAAAGAUGGAGAGAAGAUCGCAAUGUUUGUUAACAAAGUCGGGCCUUAUUUUAACCCACAAGAGACGUACCAUUACUACUCUCUUCCAGUGUGUCGCCCCAAUAAGGUGGAACAUCGAAGUCUGACACUUGGAGAGGUCUUAAAGGGAGACCGUAUGGCAGUUGCAAUGUACAACAUCAAAUUUAAAGAAAAUAUUGAAAGUCAAUUAUUGUGUGAAGUGAUGCUAAACAAAGAGGAGCUUGGUGAACUUAAAUCUGCUAUUGAGGAUCUCUACUAUUUUGAGUUUGUUGUUGAUGAUCUCCCUGUCCGAGGGUUCAUAGGCCAUCUGGAAGAAGGCCAGAUUCUUCCACACCGACACAAGAUUUCUAUCUGGAAUCAUCUGCACUUUACUAUUGAAUACAAUGGUGACCAGGUCAUAUCAGCAAACGUCACCACUAAAGACCAUGACCCUGUCAACUUAGAUGAUGUUGAGGUACCAUUCAAACUGAAACACACCUACAGUGUGACCUGGAAACAAACAAACAAGCAGUACACCCAGAGAUCCAAGAAGGAAGGAGGAAGAUUUUUCCCCAAAACACUGGAGAUCCACUGGCUGUCAAUCAUCAACUCCGCCGUUCUGGUGUUCCUUCUGCUUGGAUUUGUUAUUAUUAUUUUGAUGCGAGUUCUCAAGAAUGAUUUUGCAAGAUACAAUAUGACAGAUGAUGAGGUCGAAGAUUUGGAUACAGAUGACUAUGGCUGGAAGAUAAUACACACUGAUGUAUUCAGAUUCCCACAACAGAAGAGCUUGCUGUGUGCUAUACUGGGUGUGGGAUCACAGUUCCUUGCUCUGUGUUUUGGGAUCAUUUUCAUGGCUUUGUUUGGAAUGUUCAAUGUUCACAGGCAUGGGUCCAUGAAUACUGCUGCAGUCCUGCUAUAUGCCCUGACCUGCUGUAUCUCUGGCUUUGUGUCCAGCUCAUUUUACAGGAAGAUUGGUGGAACCAAGUGGGUGUGGAACAACGUUCUCACAACUUGCCUCUUCUCAGUCCCUUUCUUCCUUAUUUGGAGCAUCUCCAACUCAGUGGCGUGGAUCUACCAGUCGACCCAGGCCCUCCCGUACACCACCAUCAUUCUGCUUAUGUUUAUAUGGCUCAUAGUCGGCUUCCCACUCACCGUUAUAGGAGGUAUCUUCGGCAAGAAUUCCGCCACCAGUUUUGAUGCUCCCUGCAGAACUAAGAACAUCCCGCGGGAGAUCCCGCCCGUCCCGUGGUACCGAAGUGUCUCCGUGCACAUGCUCGUUGGCGGCUUUCUGCCGUUCAGCGCUAUUUCUGUGGAGCUGUACUAUAUCUUCGCUACCCUUUGGGGACGGGAACAGUACACGCUGUACGGCAUACUCCUCAUCGUCUUCAUCAUUCUGCUGAGCGUGACCGCGUGUAUCUCAAUAGCCCUGACCUACUUCCAGCUCUCGUCUGAAGAUUACCACUGGUGGUGGCGUUCUGUGCUAAGCUCAGGGUCCACCGGUCUUUACGUCUUCUGCUACUCGCUGUUCUAUUACUUCAAGCGUUCCAACAUGUCCGGAGUCCUUCAGACAGUCCAGUACUUCGGUUACACGUUGCUGGCGUGUCACGUGUUCUUUCUGAUGCUUGGCACUGUCUCCUUUUUCGCCUCCCUCAUGUUCAUACGGUACAUUUAUGUCAAUCUCAAGAUGGACUGAUUUAUCCCACAUGGACCCGGUGCAGCCGUAGCUACAGUCGCGAUAAGCCAAACUAGAUACCUUGUCUAGUUCAGGCAUUUGGCUUUUUAUAACGCCUAGGCCAAUCAGUGUCUAGGCUGAUUGGUUUGGUACAAUGCCACGCGCGCUACCGUUAUCACUUUGACAGUGCAGGAAGUUUCACAAAAAGGAUACGAGAAACGCACUUUUUGAUUGACAUGAACCUUAGCAGCAAGGUUAAGAAAUGCUUGAGCUCGCGUGAGAUUCGUGUCAAUCAAGACUGUUUCUAGCGUGUUAAUUGGUUAAUUUUGUUAUCAUCCCUUCAACUCGAAAUCUCAAAGAAGACGAAAAGCAGCCAUCUUCGGGGACCCAGGGCGUAGCGAAGAUCGGGCACUCGCUCCCUGUGUGCCCGAUCUCCGCGACGCCCUGGGUCCCGGAGGAUGCAGUUCAGCGGGAAGUUCGAGUUAUCCGUUAGUAGAAUUGAUUGAGCAUUAGUAUUUAGCGGACUUGGAGUCAGUUUAAGUCAGCGGGGAGCUCAAGUUACCCGAUUACACAUUUGUUUUUUAGUCCUUUCGAGUUAGCGAGUAGUUCUGGGAGUUAUCCGAGUAGAAUUGAUUGAACAUCAGUACUUUGGGAACUUGGAGUCUUUUCGAGUUAGAAGGGAUUUCGAGUUAUAGGUGUUUCUCUUUUCAUGUCUCCGUAGCAUUUCAAUUGUCAAUUAAGGUUUCGUUCAAUAACGCUAUAGUCUGUAUUUGCAACUGUAAAUAUUUAUGAAAUAAUUUUGCCCUUGAAUGUUCCAGGCUAGUUUUAGAAGUUAGGUGUCGCAAUAUACCCGGUGAACUAAGAGACAAAAUACCCUGUUGGAGACGGAAUGUUUUUUGUAAAUCUGUUAUGGUCAGGACUGUCUCCCGUGAGAAAAUGGUCGGCCGGUCGGCUGGUAGCAGGGCCGUUUUUUAGAUGUGUUUCCUAUAGAAAGAUUGAGUACGUAAAGCCAUAAUUUGACAAGUCGGCGUUUGUUUACAGCCGUUUUACUGCGAUUUUCUAUAUCCUGCGAAGUCUCGUAAAUAAUUUCCAUCUGCUAAACCGCUUUGCCUUGCUACUUUCCGUCAUCCAAAUUAAUAGAAUUAUGUUUGGAGCUUUUUGAUUGGUCGGCGUGAUUAGAAACCAUUUCAGAGCUGGCCAAUUAAAACACUUCAACGAUUUUGAAUGACGGAAGCGACAAGGUUAUUCAGCUCUGGGAAAUUGUAAUUGAAAGUUCGCACAAUAUUGAAAAGCGCUGUAAAUAGUUUAUUACUAAAACCAAUUUACGAUAUUUGAAGCCCAUUUAAUCAGAAGUUUACCUAUCCUGCGUAGUCUCCCUUCCCUUGAGCCGCUACGCAGGCUAGAGUUUACCUGCAAUAGGGGACUUGCGCUAAGAGAUCAAGUGACUGUUUGGGUGGCAAACUCGCGCUCGCCCAGGCUUUUAGCGGUAAAACAACAGCAACAAAAAGCAACUUAUUCAACGCUUACGAAAAAAGCCAGAAUUCCUUUUUUUCAGAAAAUGUUUAGUUUCAUUUAAAGAUUUUUUUUUCGUCGUUCUCUUGUGUGACGGGCGCAGUCAUUUUUGAUUUUUUUUUUGAAUUUGCCACCCAGAAAAGUCACGUGAUCUCUUAGCGCAUGUCCUCUAUUCUACUCCAAUAAGCUCCUACAUGCAAGGACCUCGCUUUCGCGCUCAAGUAACGCAUGACCCCAAAGGUCGGCUUGCACUAGCAGAUCACGUGACUGUUUGGGUUGCAAACAAGUGCGCGCUCAGGCUUUUAGCGGCAAAAUAACAGCAACAAAAAGCAACUUAUUUAGCGCUUACAUUUGAGUUUUUUUUUGUCGUUUUUUGGCGUGACCAACGCAGUCAUUUCUGUGUUUAUUUUGGCUUGAAUUUGCUACUCAAAAAGUCACGUGACUUGACAAGUGCAAUCCGUUAUUGUCUGGUAAACCAUCCAAGAUGUGGUGGGUUCCCCUGUUCGGCUAAAUGUAAAAUAUAUAUAUAUAUAUAUUCGGUAUUCAUCAAUAUAGUUUGAUUUAGUUUGAAUGCCGGGUGCUAUAUGGCCCAGUCUACAGGAGGGGGGGAUGCACAGUUAAAAUGAAAGCUUUAGGUGGAAAAAAUAAUUUCAAUGUGUAAUAAAAUAUUGUUAUAUUGUUGAA